GUUAUUUUAACACAUAAACAAUAGGUAGAAAGUGAUACUAUAACGAGUGAUUUAUAAAAAGAGUUGAUUAUGGCCCGUUAUUUUCGAGAGGAAGAUAUAGAUGAAUUCAGGGAAUGUUUCUAUUUGUUUGCAAGAAGUGGUCAAAUUCGUACUCUGGAUGAACUCACAAUCAUUAUGAGAUCAUUGGGAUUGAGUCCCACUAUUGCAGAAUUAAAUAAAUAUUUAAAGGACAAAGGUGGAAAGAUGUCGUUUGCUGACUUCUUAGAGGUGAUGCAUCUACAGACUAGGUCAGAGGACCUUCCGAAAGAAGUGAUACAAGCAUUCCAAGCUGCAGAUAAGUCUAGAAGCGGUACCAUACCUGCUCGGCAAUUGGCCCACAUGCUGCUUCAUUGGGGCGAACAACUAAGCAACAAAGAAGUGGAACAAAUCUUUCGUGAGGCUAAUGUGUCCCCAAGUGGGUACGUUAAGUACGAAGACUUUGUAAAGAUAGCCUGUGCUCCAGUACCUGAUUACUACUAGAAAUCAAUAUUCCACGGAUAUUUUAAUAAAUCUUUUAUAAUACGACAUAUAUUUAUAACAAAUACUUAUAAUAAAGGUGUAUUAUCCUUAA